AUGGCGGGGUCAGCGCCCCUCGCUCUCCCCGGGGGCCGCGCGGGCAUCGGGACUGUGGUGCCCGGCGCGCGCCUGCGGGGCUUCGCCAUCACCGACCUGCUGGGCUUGGAGGCAGAGCCGCCCGCCCGGCCGGGGCCAAGGUCGGGGUGCGGGGGUCCUCUUGUAGCGCUCCCGCCCGCCGCCCCUUGCUCUUUCCUUGUCCCGCCCCCCGGGCCAGACCGUCUGCAUCGCAGCGAUAGAGACUCCGAGUCCGAUGAGGACAGUCUGUCUGAAGACAGAAGUGACCUGAAGGCAUCCCCUGGCCUGGGCAAGAGGAAAAAGCGGCGGCACAGGACAGUCUUUACUGCUCAGCAGCUGGAAGAGCUGGAGAAGGCUUUUGGAGAAGCCCACUACCCUGAUGUCUAUGCCCGGGAAAUGCUGGCCCUGAAAACCCAGCUUCCUGAAGACAGGAUACAGGUCUGGUUCCAGAACCGCCGGGCCAAGUGGCGCAAGCGAGAGAAGCGCUGGGGCGGCAGCAGCGUGAUGGCUGAGUACGGGCUGUACGGGGCUCUGGUGCGGCACUGCCUCCCGCUGCCCGGCGCGGUGCUCGGCGCGGUCCAAGGCCGCCCGCCGGGGUGCUGUGCGCCCUGGCUGCUGGGGAUCCAUAAAAAAUCCACGGGGAUGAUAAGGAAGCCAGGAAGCGAGGACAAGGUGGCAGGACUCUGGGGCUCCGACCAUCUUCACAAAGGUCCUCACAGAGGCUCAGACACAAUGGGACCUGAGAAUGCAGAUGUGGCCAUGGAUCUGUCCAGUUCUGCCCGGCAGGAGACCAGGCAGGCUCGGCAGGGGGCUGAGGCUCAAGGACGCUCUGAUCCUGAGGGGCUCCAGGGGUUCCAGCCUGGGAUAGUGGGAGCCUUAUGAGACCCACAGUCCCCCCUACUCCCCGCCAAAGGCUGGAAACACUGGUGUUUUUCGAAAGGCAAAAAUGGUCCAGGACAAACAUCCUUAGUUCAGUUUUCUUCUUAUGGUGUCAGGAUACAUUACAGUGCCAACUGCUGUAAGAGGACAGACAGAUGACUCAGGGACAAUUCCACUUCAUUCUAGAAUGGAAACCAUCCCAGAGGCACUGAAGCCAGCUGAUCUAAGGUAAAAUCUGAUUCCACCUGGUAGAACCUGAGAGGGAGGACCUGAAGUUCAGAAGGCGGUCACAGUUGGGUGCCACUUGGGAUGUGGCUCAGUGUUCUGCACAGAUUAGCAGGGAGGUCUGGUGUCCUCAAUCUGCAUUAGGAAAUACAAGUUCUUUAACCUCCAGCGAAAUCAGUGUCUUUACAGUGGUGACUCUAUGCAGACACGUGAGUGAAUUCUAGUGUCUUCUCCUUGAGCUUGACCUUGGACAUUUCAGCUUGGGGACAAGCAGUGAUUGUUUUCUGAGUGCCCUUUGGUAGGUAUGCAUGUUGGAGCUCGUAGUCAGCAAAGAAAGCCCUCCCCUCAACUGUUUAAACAGUGUGGGAGGGUCAAACUGUUUGAAUGCACUUUAGUGACCUGGAUUUCAUGAAUGUUUCCUCUCCAGCAUUUCCUUUGCCUCUUAUUUAUGAUUUAAAAAUAAACAUUGUGUGGGUUUA